CAGAACAAUUCUUCGCCAGUCAACACUCAGGGACAACGACUGUCCACGCUCAGCUUCUUCGGCUCAGUGUGGGCCGUUCUCGUUUACUUUUCGCUCUCCUGUUACCUUCCCCGGCCGGUCGUUUUACGGUUGCGACCGGCGAUUGCCUAUACAUACGAAAACGACGGCAUUGUUUCUGCUUCUGAAAUGGCAGAGUUUACUUCAUCACAAGGUAGGCAAGGAAAUUUAUACAAAGAAAGGGCAGAACUUACUGUUUCAAAACCAAAGCAGCAAUGGCAGGUGGAGGGACCGAUUAGGAAUUGGUUGGAGCUCCCAUGUGAUGUGAUGGCUAAUAUUCUCUACAGAAUUGGUGCUAUUGAUAUACUUGAGAAUGCUCAGAAAGUUUGCACUACUUGGCGUAAAAUCUGCAAGGGAUCCUGCCAUGUGGAGGGUCAUUCAUAUGAAGACAACUUUCGGACCAAAUGGACCUGCAUGGAAACUGUGUACGCAUGCUGUUGAUGGAAGUCAAGACCAGUUGGUUGAUAUCAGCAUAGUUUAUUUUGCCAAUGAUGAGCUUCUUCAAUAUGUUGCUCAUCGGUCAAGUCAGCUCAAAUGGCUUGAAUUUGUAAGUCGCUAUCGUGGUUUACCUUGGAACUGGACCCAAGCUUUGAGAAAAUUUCCAAUGUUGCAGGAACUUAAUCUCUACAAAAUUAAAAUCUCAGAAGAAGCUAUUGAAACUGCUGGCCAUUGUUGCCCAAUGCUAAAAACAGUGAAAGUGAAUCAAGAAAGUUGUAAGUUUUUUCAUGGAGGCACUGAUGAGAAGUCCUUAAUGUUCCGUAAUGGAACAGCUAAAGCUAUUGGAGAAAACUUACAUGAGUUAAGGCACCUUGAACUCAUUGGAAACAACAUGACAAAUAUUGGGUUGCAGGCAAUUCUAGAUGGUUGUUGUCACCUUGAAUCACUUGACUUGCGUCAGUGCUUGUACAUUGAUCUCAAGGGAGACAUGGGGAAAAAUGUUCAGAAAAUGUUAAAUGUCUAAAGCUACCUGAAGAUUCUCUUGAAGGAUGACUAUACAUUUAUAUAAAUGAUAUUGAUUGCAUUAUAUGUUCUGAUGAUGAUGAUGAUGAUGAUUAUUUUUAUUGAAGAAUCGAGUUAUCGACUUAUCCUUUUGUUGAUUUUGAAGGUUUGGAUUUUUCCCCAACACUUACUUUUUGGAUGACCAGACAAGAUAAUGACAACACGGCCAUCUCUAUGCUAGCUGCACCUCUAAGUAGAGAUGGAUCAUUUUGAUUUCUAUUCUCAAAGUUGUGUAAGGACUAAAGAUGUUAUCUUGAUUUGUUGGUUUAUGAAAUAUUUUUUGGGUUACUUGUAUCUUAAAUUAUGCUUGAAAAACCUAAUUACUCAAUUGACGGGUAUUUUUACGUGACAUAUAUAUGUUGAAGUGCUGAUGUUUGUUUUUGUU